AUGGCUGCGGUGGUAUUUGCUCUGAAGAUAUGGAGGUCCUACUUGUAUGGUGCUAAGGUUCAGAUCCUAACCGACCACAAAAGUCUCAAAUACAUUUUUACUCAGCCUGAGUUGAAUUUGAGGCAGAGAAGGUGGAUGGAAUUUGUGGCGGAUUAUGAUCUUGACAUUGCUUAUCAUCCGGGCAAGGCAAAUCUGGUGGCAGAUGCAUUGAGCCGGAGGAGAGCGGAGGUGUCAGCUGAAAGAGAAGCUGAUGUAUUGGAGGGGAUGGUCAGGUCUUUGAAUCUAAACACCUUAGUCAGUGAGGAUGAACCUCUAGGACUAGAGGGUGGUAAGAGUCGGAGCAAGUCCAAGAGGACUAAGGAUGGAGCUGGAGCAUCUGGCCCAGGUGGCGCGGAUGGAACCAAUCCAAGUGUGGUGCUGCCCAAUCCAAGUCUUGGCGUGGACAGUGCAACUGGAUUGCCUUUGGCUCGGAUCAUUCCGACUGAGGUUCAGGGAGGUCUAGUGGAACAGCAGCAAAAGGCGGCUGAAGAGACUAGGCAGCAGCUGGAGCAAGCUGAACUAGCUAGACAGCUGCAAGAGCAAGCUGAGGAAGCUGCAAGGCAGCUACAAGAUGACAUGGAGGCUGAGGGAGAGUCCUCACAUGCUGGUGAUCAGGGCGGCCGAGGCAUUGGUGCAGCCAAUGGUGGAGCUAACCAAGGAAACCAGCUGGUGGAACCUACCAUGAAAGAGGUGCUUGAUGCAAUCAGGCUCAUGGGUAGUCAGAUGCUGGCUAUGACCCAAGUAAUCACUCCAUUGGUGAAUUCAUCCGUGGGGCAAGCUCCACAAGUUCAGGUGGUGGUACCAGGAGCUGCUGGACAAGUUGCACCAGUUGAUGAGGUGAUUGAACUUGAUCCGCCAGCUAGAAGAUCUGGUAAGGUGGAUUACCUGAAGGUGCUAGAGCACAUAUCUCGCCUAGGGACAAAGCAUUUUGCUGGAAGUGCUGACCCUAUGGAGGCGGAUGAAUGGAGGGACAGGCUGGCCCGGAACUUCAAGUCUACAAGGUGCCCUGAGGAGUACCAGAGAGACAUAGCAGUGCACUUCCUGGAGGGAGAUGCACACAACUGGUGGCUGUCUGUGGACAAGCGCACCAAUGGAUCUAUUGAGAAGUUCUCUGACUUUGAGGUUGAGUUCAACCACAAGUAUUUCCCAGCUGAAGCAUGGGAUCGUUUGGAGGCCAAGUUCUUGGAUUUGACCCAAGGGCGUAGGUCAGUCAGGGAGUAUGAAGAGGAGUUCAACCGGCUCAGGAAGUAUGUGGGUAAGGAGUUGGAGGAUGAGAAAGUUCAGGUCCUUGGUGGAGCGUAUGGCAAUGCUGGAGACUAA